GAGCAUCCAUCAAACGUUUACUUGCUUCAAGAUGUGUCGGUGCUAUGAAUGCUAGGUUUCCACUUUUGACUUGCGUAUUUUAUCCCUUAUCUGGAUGCAAAUGAUAUGUAUGCUUUCCAGAUGCUGUAACCAAGGAAAAGUCUCAAGGGUAUUUGUUCCGAUCAGCGCUUAAGUGCAUACCUUACCUGAUUGAAGAAGUUGGCCGAAGCGAUAAGAUAACUGAAAUAAUCCCUCAACACGGGAUAAGCAUUGAUCCUGGUGUUCGUGAGGAAGCAGUUCAGGUACUGAACCGCAUUGUACGGUACCUUCCACAUCGUCGGUUUGCAGUUAUCAGAGGGAUGGCCAACUUCAUCCUCCGGUUGCCUGAUGACUUCCCUCUUCUGAUUCAAACAUCACUAGGGCGAUUGUUAGAACUUAUGCGAUUUUGGAGAGCUUGUCUUAUUGAUGAUAGACUGGAACAAGAUGCUCAAGAUGUAAAACGGACAGUGCAGCACAACACUGCAUUCAAGAAGUCUUCUUUCCAUCAACAAGCGGAAGCUAUGGAGUUUCGUGCAUCAGAGAUAGAUGCAGUUGGUCUUAUCUUCCUUAGCUCUGUGGAUAGCCAGAUCCGUCACACAGCAUUGGAGUUACUGCGUUGUGCACGUGCCUUAAGGAAUGACAUAAGAGACCUUUCACUUCAUGAGCAGCUAGAUUAUAACAGAAGAUAUGAAGUUGAACCCAUAUUUAUAAUUGACGUGCUGGAAGAACAUGGGGAGGACAUAGUUCAGAGUUGUUACUGGGAUUCUGCUCGUUUGUUUGAUUACAGACGAGAAUCUGAUGCAAUUCCUUCCGAUGUCUCUCUUCAAUCUAUAAUAUUUGAGAGUCCUGAUAAAAAUAGGUGGGCAAGAUGUCUUAGUGAGCUUGUGAAAUAUGCAGCUGAAAUUUGCCCAACCUCAGUUCUAGAUGCCAAGGUGGAGGUUUUGCAGCGUCUUGCUCAUAUUACACCUGCUGAGUUAGGUGGAAAAGCUCAUCAGUCACAAGAUUUAGAUAACAAACUGGAUCAGUGGCUCAUGUAUGCAAUGUUUGUAUGUUCAUGUCCACCAGAUAGUAAGGAAGCGGGAAGCAUAGUUGCGACAAGAGAACUUUACCAUCUUAUUUUCCCCUCUUUGAAAUCUGGAUCAGAAGCACACAUACAUUGUGCCACCAUGGCUCUUGGGCACUCACACUUGGAAUGUUGUGAGAUAAUGUUUAGUGAACUCGCAUCAUUUGUUGAGGAGGUUUCUUCAGAGACAGAAGGAAAGCCGAAAUGGAAGAGUCAAAAGCAGACACGGCGUGAGGACCUUCGAGUCCAUAUUGCCAAUAUUUAUCGCACUGUUGCCGAGAACAUCUGGCCAGGAUUCUUGGGCCGAAAGCCUGUAUUUCGUCGCCACUAUCUCAGGUUUAUUGAAGACACAUCUAAACAGAUUGCAAUAGCAUCUGCUGACAGCUUUCAGGAAACACAACCACUUCGCUAUGCACUUGCUUCUGUUUUAAGAUCUCUGGCCCCUGAAUUUGUGGAUUCAAAAUCAGAUCGAUUUGAUCUUAGAUAUAGGAAGAAACUAUUUGAUCUUCUUUUAUCCUGGUGCGAUGAGCCGGGAAGUUCAUGGGGAAAGGAUGGUUCUAGUGACUAUCGACGUGAAGUUGAACGAUAUAAGGCUUUACAACACAGGUCAAAAGAUUCUGUGGACAAAAUUUCAUUUGACAAAGAUUCGAGUGAACAAACCGACACAAUCCAGUGGGCCUCUAUGACUGCUAUGGCUUCACUUCUCUAUGGACCUUGUUUUGAUGACAAUGCUAGAAAAAUGAGUGGCAGAGUUAUAGUUUGGAUUAAUAGUUUGUUCAAUGAGCCUGCAGCCAAGGCUCCAUAUGGUUACUCACCUGACCCAAGAACUCCAUCUUAUUCCAAAUACACAGGAGAAGGACGUGGAGCUGCUUCUCGAGAUAGGCAUAAAGGUGGCCAUCAUCGUGUUGCUUUAGCAAAAUUAGCUUUGAAAAAUCUUCUUCUUAAUAAUUUGGAUCUAUUUCCUGCUUGCAUCGAUCAGUGCUAUUACUCUGACCCUGCUAUAGCCGAUGGUUACUUCAGUGUACUAGCCGAGGUCUACAUGCGACAAGAGAUACCAAAUUGUGAGACUCAAAGGCUCUUAAGCCUGAUCCUCUACAAGGUUGUAGAUCCGUCUAGACAAAUCCGUGAUGAUGCCCUUCAGAUGCUUGAAACACUCUCUCUACGUGAAUGGGCUGAAGAUGGCAUUGAAGGAUCAGGUAGCUAUCGAGCUGCUGUUGUUGGUAAUCUCCCUGAUUCCUACCAACAGUUCCAGUACAAGCUCUCUUGCAAAUUAGCCAAAGAUCACCCUGAGUUGAGCCAACUCCUCUGUGAGGAGAUCAUGCAAAGACAACUUGAUGCUGUUGAUAUAAUUGCUCAGCAUCAGGUGUUAACCUGUAUGGCUCCAUGGAUUGAAAAUCUAAAUUUUUGGAAACUCAAGGACUCAGGUUGGAGUGAAAGAUUAUUAAAAAGUCUUUAUUAUGUGACGUGGAGGCAUGGAGAUCAGUUUCCUGAUGAAAUUGAGAAACUCUGGAGCACAGUUGCCAGCAAGCCCCGGAACAUUAGCCCAAUUUUAGAUUUCUUGAUCACCAAAGGAAUUGAGGAUUGUGAUUCAAAUGCCUCUACUGAAAUAAGUGGUGCUUUUGCCACAUAUUUCUCAGUUGCUAAGCGAGUAAGUUUGUAUCUAGCACGUAUAUGUCCACAGCGGACAAUUGACCAUCUAGUUUAUCAGUUGUCACAGCGGAUGCUGGAAGAUAGCAUUGAACCAAUUCGGCCAAGUGGAAACAGGGCCGAUGCCAAUGGAAAUUUUAUCUUGGAGUUCUCUCAGGGGCCUGCAACUGCCCAGAUUGCAUCUUUUGCAGACAGCCAGUCACAUAUGUCACCAUUACUUGUCCGGGGUUCCUUUGAUGGUCCAUUGAGAAAUACUAGUGGAAGCCUGAGUUGGCGUCCACCUGGUGUUGCUGGGCGAAAUUCCUCAGGCUCACUAAUUUCCAUGCCUCCAGAAUUAAGCAUUGUUCCAGGAACUGCAGGAAGGUCAGCUCAGCUCCUACCAGGAUUGGUAAACAUGCCAGGGCCUUUAAUGGGGGCUUGGAAUUCCACAGGAAGUUUACGAAGCCGCCAUGCUUCCAGGGACAGUGGAGAUUACCUAAUUGACACUCCCAAUUCUGUCGAAGAUAUCAUGCAGUCUGGGGUAGGUAUGCUUGGUGUCAAUGCUAAAGAACUUCAAUCUGCUUUGCAAGGGAACCAGCAGCACUCACUCACUCGUGCAGAUAUAGCAUUGAUUCUACUGGCAGAAAUUGCAUAUGAGAAUGAUGAAGACUUCCGCGAGCACUUACCUCUGCUAUUUCAUGUCACAUUUGUUUCAAUGGAUAGCUCUGAGGAUAUUGUAUUGGAGCACUGCCAGCAUUUGCUUGUUAAUCUACUAUACUCACUUGCAGGUAGGCAUCUAGAGCUGUACGAGGUUGAAAACAACGAUGGAGAGAACAAACAACAGGUUGUUAGUCUGAUCAAGUACGUUCAGUCAAAGCGAGGGAGCAUGAUGUGGGAGAAUGAGGACUCUACAGUUACAAGGACUGACCUUCCUAGUGCUUCACUUUUGUCUGCCCUUGUUCAGAGUAUGGUUGAUGCAAUCUUCUUCCAAGGAGAUCUUCGUGAGACUUGGGGAGUUGAGGCACUCAAAUGGGCCAUGGAGUGCACUUCCAGACACCUUGCCUGUCGUUCUCACCAGAUUUAUCGUGCAUUGCGGCCUAGUGUAACAAGUGACACAUGUGUUUUACUCCUUCGUUGCCUACAUAGAUGCUUGGGAAAUCCAGUACCUCAUGUUCUGGGCUUCAUUAUGGAGAUUUUACUGACAUUGCAAGUAAUGGUUGAGAACAUGGAUCCAGAGAAGGUAAUACUCUUCCCACAACUCUUUUGGGGUUGUGUGGCAAUGAUGCACACAGAUUUCAUUCACAUCUACUGCCAGGUCCUAGAGCUUUUCUCACGCGUGAUUGAUCGCUUAUCGUUUCGUGACAGAACAAUUGAAAAUGUUCUCCUUUCCAGCAUGCCUCGAGAUGAGCUAAGUAAUGUUGAUAUUGGUGACUUUCAGCGGAUGGAAUCUAGGUUAUAUGACUUGCCAGCAACUAGCGGCAAUCUGCCAGCAUUUGAAGGAGUGCAGCCUCUUGUACUUAAAGGCCUUAUGUCCACUGUUAGUCAUGGUGUAGCGAUAGAGGUCCUCUCUCGUAUGACAGUGCACUCAUGCGACUCCAUUUUUGGGGAUCGUGAGACUAGACUGCUGAUGCACAUUACAGGAUUGCUUCCAUGGAUUUGUUUACAGCUCAGCAAAGACCCAUUGGUAGGACCAGCUUCACCACUCCAACAACAGUACCACAAAGCUUGCUCUGUUGCUGCCAACAUCUCGAUUUGGUGUCAAGUAGAAUCAAUGGAUGACCUAGCUACCGUGUUUAUGGCAUACUCCAGAGGUGAGAUCAAAAGCAUUGAUAAUCUCCUUGCCUGUGUUUCACCCUUGUUAUGCAACGAAUGGUUCCCUAAGCACUCAGCCUUGGCUUUUGGACACUUGCUAAGGCUACUGGAGAGAGGUCCGGUCGAGUAUCAACGCGUUAUAUUGCUCAUGCUUAAGGCACUGCUCUUGCACACUCCCAUUGAUACGGCUCAGAUCCCAUACAUGUAUGCCAUUGUAUCCCAGCUAGUUGAGAGCAGUUUGUGUUGGGAAGCACUAAGUGUUUUAGAAGCUCUUUUUCAGAGUUGUACUUCAUUGACUACUUCGCACCCAUAUGAGUCUGGGUCAUUUGAAAAUGGGACGGAUGAGAAGCUGCUAGCUUCUCAGACCUCCUUCAAGGCUCGAGGUGGGACUCUACAGUACGGUUUCGGAGCUUGUUCUGGGAUCAGUUCAACAUCAUCCACCGAGUCAGGUAUGACACCUAGAGAGGUGGCUUUGCAAAACACUAGAAUGAUCCUCGGGCGGGUACUCGAUAGCUGUGCCCUGGGGAGACGAAGGGAAUAUAGAAGGCUGGUGCCUUUUGUGACCACAAUUGGAACCCCAUAUCCGGCAGGCUUGCACUUGUAAUUUCAGUUUUUUAACACCUUUUGUCCAUGUAGCUGAUGUUAUAUUUUAGAUUAAGCAAUGCCUUAUAUCUCACCAAUUUUUGAUGACGUGUGCAAUAAGUCCUUAUUCAAAGGAGCCUGCUUAAUCUAUUAUCAAACAUAGACUUCAUUGAAUUGCA